GUUUCGGUAACCAUGCAAGUCAUUGUGUGGUCCUUUUCAAUUAUUGUGUUUUUUAAGUUUUAACAGAAACAUGCUGGAGAAUUAAAGUCCCCACUAGCCCAGAAACACAACAAAAAUUGAUAAUACGUAUCGAAAUUGUCUUUUCUAAUAAGCCUAAAAACUCUGGAUAGAGUGCUGUCUGAAAUUCAGCCAUAACAUAAAGCUGCUAUAAAAUCCUCUGCAGCUGAACUCAGAGUUCUUCAAUGGCUGCCAUCUUCAUCAUGAUGGAACCAUAUCUUCAAACACUCCUAAACGUGUCCUGCACUCUCAUUUUUCUUCUAUACUGUUUCUUCAUCUACUACAACUACUGUGUUUGGAGCUUGAAGAAAAAUGGGAAAAUCCAUACUUCUCUACCUAUAAACUGGCCGGUCGUAGGUAUGCUCCCGGCUUUGCUCCGAAAUGCUCACCGGCUUCAUGAAUAUGGUACAGAGAUUCUCAUCGAAAGCGGAGGGACGUACGAGUUCAAAGGGCCUUGGUUUGCUAAUCUUGACAUGGUCCUCACUUGUGAUCCUGCCAACAUCCACUACAUCCUCAGCAAGAACUUCUCAAACUAUCCUAAAGGUCCCGAAUUUCGGAAGAUUUUCGAGAUAUUAGGAGAUGGCAUCUUCAACGCUGAUUGGGAAUUAUGGGAAGUUCAUAGAAAAGUCACCCUCUCCAUCAUGCACCAUCCCAAUUUCCUCACACUCCUGGAGAAGACUCUGCUGGAAAAACUAGAGAAAGGGCUGCUCCCAAUCUUGGAGAAUUACAGUAACUCAGGAGCUGAAAUUGAUUUGCAGGAUAUAUUUCAGAGGCUAACUUUUGACAGCAUUUCAAGAUUGGUUCUUGAUUAUGAUCCAAACAGCCUGUCAAUGGAUUUGCCAAACAUCCCAUGUGAGAAGGCUUUUAAUCAAACAGUGGAAGCCCUGUUGCAGAGGCACAUAUUGCCUGAAACUUGCUGGAAGCUCCAAAAAUGGAUGAAAUUUGGGAAAGAAAAGAAGCUUAGCGAAGCAUGGGAUGCUUUUGAUCAAUUCAUCUACCCUUGCAUCGAUCGGAAGCAGCAACAACUUUCUUGUCAUGGUAAUUCCGACGAACAGUAUGACUGCCUGACCGCUUUCAUUACAGCUUACGAAUCCGCCAUGAAAAACAUCCAAUCGAGUUCCAGCAACACAAAAUCCUUCCUCAGGGAUGUCUUCCUGAACUUAAUGCUCGCCGGAAGAGACACCACAAGUACGGCUCUAACUUGGCUUUUCUUUCUUCUGACCAAAAACCCUUCUGUAGAAUCCAAAAUUCUCCAAGAAAUCACUGAAACUAAAAAGUUGAAGAAGAAUGAACCGAUGUUAAUAAGUACGGAAGAUGCCCGUAAGAUGGUUUACCUCCACGGUGCACUGUGUGAAACUCUCCGGCUAUAUCCAUCGGUGGCUCUGGAACAUAAAUCUCCGGCGAAGUCCGACGUUCUGCCAAGUGGGCUGUCUGUAAAUCCCAACUCGAAAUUGGUUCUGUUUUUCUAUUCAAUGGGAAGAAUGGAGUCCAUUUGGGGUAAAGAAUGUUUGGAAUUCCAGCCGGAGAGAUGGAUUUCCGAGACCGGAAAAAUCAGACACGAACCGUCCUUCAAGUUCCCGGCGUUUAACGCCGGACCCAGAACUUGUUUAGGGAAGGAGAUGUCGUUUGUUCAGAUGAAAAUGGUUGCGGCUUCCAUCAUCUACAGUUACCAUGUCCGGCUGGUGGAUUCUCAUCCUGUCUCCCCUAGUGAUUCCAUUAUCAUACAGAUGAAACAUGGCUUAAAGGUUGUCCUUUCCAAAAGAAAAAUCUAACGUUAUAAGUAUAUUACUAUUUCAGAUUCUUGUAUCAUCUGUAAUAAGAAAAUUUCCAUGAAUGAAGAAGCAUCAUGGAUGCUGGAUAAAAUUGUUGUAAUUGAUUUUGCUUGUGGUAUGAUUUUUUUAUAAUGAUUAAUCAAGUAAUGUUGGUACUGGCAUAUGGUGAUUUCAUAUGAUUCUUGUUUUAGUAGCUGUACUGGAAAGUCGAAACUUGGGAAGUUGCUACUUUGCUGGAGUGAUUGAGCAAAUAAACUGAGCAGAAGCAGCGGUCAUUUGUUUGGGGAAAACUAAGAAACAUUCCAAUGUGUCCUGACAUGGUAAACAAUCAGAACUUCACUGUCUUCAAACAAUUAAUUGUGCCUAAACUACCAAAAAGUUGCUCGUCGUCUUUCUUUAGUACCAAAAGUAUUUUUGGUUACCAUGUGACACUGUAAAAUUAAAGAGUAUCUUUAAUCGAUUUUCUAUUAGGAAUCCGUCCCAUUAACUCAUUUUUCACGUGGAAGGUACAUCCAUCUUUAAAUUUCCAUUGGAUUUUCAGAAAAAAAAAAAACGAAAAAUUAAUUAUGAUCAACUUCUUCUUUCUUUCUUUCUUUCUUUUUUUUUUUUGAAGAUAUUGAUGUCC